AUGGCGACGGAUAAACAGAAACAUGAAGGCAGAGUGAAAAUUGGACAUUAUAUUCUUGGAGAUACACUUGGUGUGGGGACGUUUGGCAAGGUUAAAGUGGGGCAGCACGAGCUGACCAAACACCAGGUGGCUGUGAAGAUCCUGAACCGACAGAAGAUCCGCAGUCUGGAUGUGGUGGGGAAGAUUCGUAGAGAGAUCCAGAACCUGAAGCUCUUCAGGCAUCCGCACAUCAUUAAGCUGUACCAGGUGAUAAGCACCCCGACAGAUAUCUUCAUGGUGAUGGAGUACGUGUCUGGAGGAGAGCUCUUUGACUACAUCUGCAAAAAUGGAAAGCUGGACGAGAAGGAGAGCCGUCGUUUGUUCCAGCAGAUCAUCUCCGCCGUUGACUACUGCCACCGGCACAUGGUUGUCCACCGAGACCUGAAGCCUGAGAAUGUCCUGCUGGACGCUCAGAUGAACGCCAAGAUCGCCGACUUUGGUUUGUCAAACAUGAUGUCGGACGGAGAGUUCUUGAGGACGAGUUGUGGUUCUCCGAACUAUGCUGCCCCUGAAGUCAUCUCUGGAAGGUUAUAUGCUGGCCCGGAGGUUGACAUCUGGAGCAGUGGUGUGAUCCUGUACGCCCUGCUGUGUGGGACGCUGCCUUUCGACGACGACCAUGUGCCCACUCUCUUCAAGAAGAUCUGCGACGGGAUCUUCUUCACACCCCAGUACCUCAACCCCUCAGUCAUCGCUCUGCUCAAACACAUGCUGCAAGUGGAUCCCAUGAAGAGAGCUACCAUCAAGGAGAUCCGAGAGGACGCCUGGUUUAAAGAGGAGCUCCCCAAAUACCUGUUCCCGGAGGACCCGUCCUACAGCAACAACAUGAUUGACGACGAGGCCCUGAAGGAGGUCUGUGACAAGUUUGAGUGCACCGAGGAGGAGGUGUUGACCUGCCUGUACAGCCGGAACCAUCACGACCCCCUGGCCGUGGCCUACCACCUCAUCAUCGACAACCGGCGCAUCAUGUCCGAGGCCAAGGACUUCUACCUGGCCUCCAGUCCCCCGGACUCCUUCCUGGAUGACCAGCACCUGAGCGCCUCGGCGGCAGCUGUUCCCAGCCUCAAGCCCCACCCUGAGCGGGUUCAGCCCUUCCUGGCGGCGGAGACCCCUCCCAGGCCCAGGCACACGCUGGACGAGCUGAACCCCCAGAAGUCCAAGCACCAGGGGGUGAGACGGGCCAAGUGGCACCUGGGGAUCCGGAGCCAGAGCCGACCCAAUGACAUCAUGUCCGAGGUGUGCAGAGCCAUGAAGCAACUGGACUAUGAGUGGAAGGUGGUGAACCCGUAUUACCUGCGUGUGAAGAGAAAGAACCCAGUGACAGGCAUGCAGACCAAGAUGAGCCUUCAGUUGUACCAGGUGGACAGCAGGACCUACCUCUUAGACUUUCGUAGCAUAGAUGAUGACAUGUUGGAGGCUAAAUCUGGGACUGCCACUCCUCACAGGUCUGGUUCGGUGGGGAACUACCGCACAGCUCUUAAGAACGACGCUGCAGAGGGUGACGGGGUCAGGGGGGACACUACCCCUGCCACCUCCAUUCCUCCCACCCCCACUAAGGUCUCGGAGAGCUCUCUGACCUCCUCACUCACCUCCUCCAGCGACUCGGCAGGAGGUGACGGGGCGACGGCGUACCCACGUCCCGGCAGCCACACCAUAGAGUUCUUUGAGAUGUGCGCCAAUCUCAUCAAGCUACUUGCACGAUAGCUCUCAAUCAAAAUCGAAAUCGUUAGCCUUUUUUCUCUUUGAGUGUCUUUAUAAGCAAUAAGCAUGCAACCGAUUCAUGGCUCGUUUCAUCCCCAACGCAGGCGGGUGUCCUAGCUAGGGUUGUUUCAAGGCACUGAUGAUGCAGGUUCGGUCCGCACAACCCCCAACUAACUGGGGGAGUGAGUGAGUGAGUGAGUGUGGGUGGGUGGGAGGGAGGGGGGUUAUCGUGGAAGUUGAGGGGUGGGCUUUAGGGAAUGGUGAACGACAGUGACCAAGCCACUUUAUUAUAAUCAUGUUGACAGAAUACUAUUUUAGAGACCUUUUCACGAUCGUCACCGUUGGUCAGGUAUGUUUUCUUCCUCUCUUUUGAUCACGUUCCACCCGUACAUAUCUAGGCUAAGUUUGAGUGAUACACUGAAUUUGCUGUACUGUACUCAGUGGGCUUUGUUUGCCUUUUGUUUCAGUGGGGAAAACAGAAACGGGGGAGGGGG